UCUGUGUGUUUUGUGCGGUCAGCUGGCUGGGGCGGCGCUGCGAUUUGAGCAAAAUAUUCUACUUUCUACUCUCUUGUUUGUACACAAUUUUGGUGCCCUAGAUAGAUAUUCUUGGGAGAAAGAAAGGUUGAAGACUUAACAAAAGAUCAGCAACAUGUCGGCAGCCGAACCUGUACCACUCCCGAUGGUAGAGCCCCUGACAGACAUGCUGGGUAUUGAUGAAAAGGUCCUACUCGAUAAGAUAGCCUACUGGCUGAUGGUCUUGGGCGUCAUCUCCAGUUUCUGUCUUCAGUUUGUCGGUGCGCCCUACGGUCGUUACGUCAACGCAAAUUUUGGAUUCAGUGUACCCGGUCGUUUGUCUUGGUUUAUUCAAGAAGUACCUGCAUUUCUUAUACCCACGUACCUGUUGGUUACUAGUGGUGGACGACAGGGUUUUAUUAACAGCUUGCUUAUCAGUCUCAUGAUCAUACACUACUUUCAGAGAACGUUCAUUUUUACAUUCCUGAUUCGUGGAGGGAAGCCUUCAGCCUUCCUUGCCUUCUUCUUAGCAUUCGUGUUCUGUGUGACAAACGGCUACCUGCAGGGUCGCUACCUCACUCAGUACGCUGUCUACCCACAGAGCUGGCUGUGGGAUCCUCGAUUUAUCGCUGGUACUGCGAUGUUUUUUACUGGUAUGGCAAUAAACAUUCACUCAGACUCUAUCCUCAGGAAUCUAAGGAAACCAGGAGAAGUGGGUUACAAAAUACCCAGAGGUGGAAUGUUUGAAUACGUCUCGGGUGCAAACUUCUUUGGAGAAUUUGUAGAGUGGCUUGGGUUUGCCUUAGCUUGCUGGUCAGUGCAGGCUCUGGCUUUUGUCGUCUUCACUAUCUGUAAUAUCGGACCAAGAGCAAUUCAACAUCACAGGUAUUACCAGGAGAAAUUUGACGACUACCCAAAGUCAAGGAAAGCUUUUAUCCCAUUCUUUGUUUGAAGUGACAGCUGCUAUGGCUCAGGACUGUGAGGCAACGUGUAAUCAAAAUCAAAUUUGGUUUGUAUUUCAGGAUUGGAGAAUCAUCUUCUUCUUUUUUUAACUGAACUAGUUUUAAUAUUUUCUCUGGAAUAAUUUGUACCGUAGAAUCGGUAAAAUUAAUGGACAUUAUUCAUGUUAUUUGCUUUAUUUUGUUGAAAAUGUUGUUAAUGUGUGUGAGAGAUUUCAGAUCAGUUUUAAUAUUAGUAGAAUUUUAGAACUUUGAUUCUUCUAUAAGAUGAGGACUAUUUGUAUAUGUAAUUGAAAUUUCUGUAAAAGAUGAUCAAAAUCAUUUUGUAUUAAUUUAAAUGCUUUGAAAAUAGUGUCGGAGCAAUGUUACAAGAAUUGCCAAAGAAAAAUGUGAGAUUAGGUUUUUAUGCCAGCUAUUUGUUCUAACCAUCCCUCAGUACUAUUAUUAACUAACUGCAUGUAUGGGAUUUGAGGCAUUGCAUGGUGAGGUAUCAACAUAUAUUUGGUUUGUGGUAACACCAUGUGUGUAUAUCUA